UGUGUGUGUGUGUGUGUGUGUGUAGGUGUGGUGAAGGUGUGAUGCACAAUGUGAGAAGCAGGAGCGUAGCAGGAGCACUUUAGUCGUCCGUAUGGACGUUUCUUAGUCCUGUAGGGUUUGCAAGUCCCAUGAUUCUGAGAGAGAUUCAAAAUGAUUCACUUCUUGUUGCUGUUCAGCAAGCAGGGAAAGCUACGUCUGCAAAAGUGGUUCAUGCCAUUAACAGAUCGGGAGAAGAGGAAGGUGAUCCGGGACAUGAUGAUGAUUGUUUUGGCCCGUCCGUCGCGCUCGUGCAACUUCCUGCAAUGGAGAGACCUCAAGAUUGUGUAUAAGAGGUACGCAAGCCUAUAUUUCUGUGCUGGACUGGAGGGGCAAGAUAAUGAGCUGCUGAGCCUCGAGGUGCUGCACAGAUAUGUCGAACUGCUGGAUAAAUACUUUGGCAACGUGUGUGAGCUGGACAUUAUUUUCAACUUUGAAAAGGCGUAUUUCAUCUUGGAUGAAUUCUUGAUGGGGGGAGAAGUGCUCGAAACCUCCAAAGCGGCCGUGGGUGUUUCUCUACAGGAGGCCGACGCACUUCAAGAGACAAUGGAGGAAUAUAUGAACAAACCUUCUUAUUAAUCCAGAAUAAGAAAGUGACUUUUCACAUCUCAGGACUUAAACCAGAAGUUUUAAAUCUGUGCAAUAUUUUCACUUUGUCAUAAACUGCAAAGAGUGCUGCUGUAAAUUGGCCUUUUUUUUAAUAUCUGCAUGUAUGCUCAUUGCAAUGUGUCCAAUUUAGUUUUAAAAUGCAGCCGAAUCAAGAAUGUUUGUUUUCUAGGGAACAAAUAAAGAAAUAUCAAUGUCUUCACAAAAUGUAUUUGUAUUCCUUUGUUUCUUGAGAGGAACAAAAUAUGAUUAAAAAAAACCUCUCAGAAUGGUAUCCUCGCUUUGCACUACUGCCAAGUAGAUCUACAUUCAUCAACAUAACGUUAAACAGAUGGGCAGCAUUGUAGGCAGGUGGUUUAAAAUCCUGCCUCAGACUUCAGAGGUUCUGGCUUUGAAUCUGCUGGGCCUUUCAAUGUUGAGUUUUCAUGCUCUCAUGCAGUCCUGCUUCCUUCUUAGGUUCAUUAAACAGUCUCACAGUUGUGGAAGUAUGUGUGAAUGGUUGUUUAUAUGUCUUUUGAUUUGCUGGUUUGUUCAGCUGAGGGAGGUUCCAAAUCAGCCACAAUUCUGAUCGGGUCAGCAGUGUGGAAAAUAGAUCAAUGGGUUGUUAAAACAAUACUGGUUGACUUAUUUUUAUAUGCAGAGGGACCUUAUGCUUUGAUUUUGAGUGUGUCUUCGAGAAGCAAUACAAUGCAUUGUAUUCAGAAGUGCUUUCCAAGUCAUAAAUGAAUUCAUUCCAGUGUAUUGUGCCAGUGUCUGAGAAUUUAUUUGCAAUCUAACAACAUUACACAUCAUCUUCUCCAAAUAAAUAUGUUCUCAAAAGCUGUUUAUUGUUUGGUGAUUAAAAAAUAAUAAUAA